UUAUUUUCUUUAUUUUUUUCAAAAAAUAUUUAAAUUUUUUUUUUAUUUUAAAAAAAAAAAAAUUAUGAAUACAUUGUGGAAUGAUAUGUUCUUCUUCAAAAGAACCAUUCUAUUGUAUUCUCUUUUUUCUUGUCAUACUAAUUGUUAUAUACAAAAGUAAAACGUAGCGUAAUUGUUUGUCGUAUUGUGUCGAGUGAUGCACAUACACGGCGCAGUAUGGCAAAAAUAAAUCGCAAUGACUUCAACGAACUUAGAAUUCGCGUUUUUUUACAAACAGAGUAUUUUACAUAUUUUUAAUGCAAAGAACCUUAAUACUUUUGAAAAAAAUCAACGAUCGAGCGAUGAUUCGAUCCAGACUACAAGUCGCGUGUAUCGACAUGUUAAUGAUUCGUUAUUUUAUAAUGAAACCUUUAACGUAGCAGUACAUUCAAAAUCGGUUCAAAAUUCUGUUGAGAAGCAAUGGAACGAUGUGUCAGCAUCGUAUCAUCCUAAUUUUUCAUGCUAUACACGGCGCGACGUCGAUGCUGCUUUAAAUUAUCUACAGCGUAUAUUGAAAUUACCACAUCGUUUAUGGAAUCAGGAGUGGGCAAGCUGUAGAAAGAAAAUUAUUACAUUAGAGUGCUCAAUCCAAAAAAAAUUAAGAAAAAUCUAUCCAUUAAAUACUUGUUCUUAUAGUGUCUCUUCUACCGAAUCAAAGACUCAAUAUUGUCAUCCAAAGUGCAUUUGUAGCGUUAACAAUCCCUUCUCUUUUAACCAGCGUCGUCGUAUUGAUCGUUUAAUUUCAAAGCUAGUCAAUUAUUACAAAAAAAUUAUAUGGAUCCAGCAACAUUUUCUCUACAUUUCGACCGCUGUAUUCCUUACGUUGACGCACUCGGAAACGCGAAAUUUAUUAGGUGAUUACCUUUCUGAAUAUUACGUUUAUCAUUUAAAUCAAAAAAAUCCUAGUAAAAAGAUGAAACAACUGUUUCAAUGCAUGGAUUGUUUAAAAACACCACGUUACGCGGCAUUCUUUUACGAAAAACAGUCCCGAAGUUUGCGCAAGACGUUUUUUGAAUUUAAUGAAACUAAAGUCCCUGAACAAACCGGUCCUCAUAAUAUCGUUACUUUUCGUCCCCACGGGAAGCAACUGGCUAAUCAUUUGAAAGCAAGAAGCGCUUUAAUGGAUUCUUCUUCAAAUGCGUUUCAUUGGACAGAUCAUGGUUUUGAAUUUCAAGGGAUUUGGUUCAAAUCCGUUAAAGAUGUUCCCUUAUGGAAAACUGUGAAAAGAGAAAUCGUUUUAACAAAUGCUAUUUUCUUUGACAAAGAAUACCCUUAUGCUCCUUUACUCGUGUGUUUCGCAGAUUGUCAUUAUCAAUUUGUGGCUUCAGCAUUAAGAAUAGAUAAAAAAGCUCACGAAGAAAUUCCUCCCCAAUUGUCUUUAAAAUUCUCAAAGCAGUUAAUUCAUCAUUUGAACUGUAUGGUAGCCAAAAAACUUAUUUUACCAAAUAUGAAAACCACUAUGAAACGGAUUAUUUCGGGUUUAAAAAAUCCAGACUUAUUACUAACAAUGUAUUCUCCUUGCUAUCUACCAAUCAAUACCCAUUCGUGUCCCGCCAACGCUAAAAUAAUUAUAGCAUUAAGUCUGGAAGCUUUAACUAAUGCUCUUAUUUUCUUGAAUGAUGAUACAACAGAAACUAGCAUCUCAAAUUUUGAACAUUAUAUGUAUUUAAUGCUUAUCAUUCUGUAUGGUAAAAAAAUUUCUUUAGAAAAACUACUUUUUACGGAAAACAAAAUGUUAAAAAACGAAAAUGAAGAAGAAAUGAAACCAUUAAACUACAUCGAACAAAACCCUCUUGUAUCUAUUUCUAAAUCAAGCAUACUCUCUUUCACUCAACCGAAAUCGUGUGAUAAUGCCGUCCAAUGGUAUAAUAAACUUUUUCAUUGUCCUUUGUAUGCACUAGGAUUUCUGAAAGAAGACGGGCACAAACUAUUGCACAUUCUAACCGAUUAUGAUCGACAUUUUCUUUUAAAAUUAUGCUCCCAGUACUUUCAAUGCGAUCCACAUUAUGUUUUACCUUUUGAUCCGAUUGAAGAGUCGCAAACGGAUUUUGUUUACUUGAACACACCUUGGAAAACAAAGCUGUUAGGGUAUCCUUGUUCUGUAUGGAUUUCAACACAAUCGUCUGAAAAAAGUCAAAAUUUUCAUUCACUUUUAGUUCCUUUAAAAAAAAAUCGUAAAAACAAAAAAAAUCAAUUUUUUUUCCGUUUUCCGUGGAAUACAAAUGACUUUGUUCUUAUUCUAGGGCAAAUACCUUUUUAUGAACGUGCAGAAACGUAUAUUCACAAAAGUACAAGAAGAAAAAAAAAAUAUACUUUACAACAAGUUUUUCAUUUGCUGGAAAUUCACUGCAUUGCUUCUUCCACUGCUCUACAUGAUAUCAUUCAUUAUUGUCAACGUUCUGUAAAAAAAACUCUUUGGGAACUAUGGAUCUCCUCUCAAACUAUGGGUGCAAUGUCGCAUUCUGUUCUUCAAGUUAUUGCAUGUGAUCUUGUUGCAUCAUCUGCGCGGCUCGUAUUUCAAUAUUAUUCCACAACUUUUUCAUGCCUUACGAGCAAUACUGCAGAAGAAAAUCAUCUUUUACAAAUUUUCUUUUUUUUAUUUUUUGGUUUAAAAACCAGGUCACAUACGCUAUUGGAUGAUGAAAAUAUUAGAACAGUAGAACAGCUUUUACAUAUAGCCUUAUGGUGUUCUUUAUUAAAUGUGAAAUAUAUGAUACAUGGCCCUCUUGAUUCAUUGAUCAUUUUAAAUGUAUACAAGAAAGCAAAAGAAAAUCCAGAAUGUCUUUUAAACAUGUUAUUUGAACAACUUCAUCUUAAUAAGGAAACUCUUUCUGUUCUCUAUAGGUUGCCGUGGGAAAAAAGUUGCAAGUCUUUCACAAACCAACUCUUCUAUCCAAUAAAAGGAUGGGAAACAUAUGGUGGCGAUAAAUUAAUCCACUUUUUAGUGAAAGGAUCCGAUGAGGAAAUGCCAUGUACGACGACCAACAUUGCUUUAAGUGAAAGUGCUCUACUGAAUUUCAGUGCCAUCAUGUCGUCCCCUUCGUAUUUUAAAAUAACUUUUACUUUACGCCCACAAACAAUCCUUUUACAUUUACUAACUUUUUUGUGCUUUCAACGAACCAAUUCAUGUUUUUGCAUUGACACUCUUUAUGCUGUGUUGGGACAUAGAGCGGACUUUUCGACUGUCGUUGUCCCAUUGGACGAUGAUCUUUUUCAUUAUUUGAUAACACAAAACAACGUGAAACCAUCGCAAUUGUUUCUUUCUACACUUCAAAUGAUCGAGAACCAAAUGAAUUCUUUUUAUCUUUAUGAAAACAUGGUUGAAAGUGUUCUUGUCGUUUUGUUCCAUUUAUUAUUUUCGCAAGUGAAUGUUCUGCCUUGCAACGCCACAAACGUAUUACCAAGUGGAUUCAGUAUCCAACGUAUCUGUCUAUUUUUACAACGUCAAGAAGAACUACUAACAAAUCCUUAUAUAAAAGGAUACAUACUUCUAUUGCAAGGUCUUGCUGGUUUAGCGUAUUUAUCUAAAGAAAGUGAGGAAAAAUCUCUUAUGGAUUUUUUUUUUAAAGCGAUACAUUGUUUUAUAACGACGUGUGGAAAUCCUAGUUGUGUUUUUUACAAUGGAUGGAGCGUUUUAUUAUACCCUUGUUGGAUAUUAGCGCAUUAUUUACGUUUAAAAGAAGCAAACACAGAAGCUUUAAUGUACGAAACAAUCUUUCGAAUGAGCCGAGCCCUGACGCAUGAAUGUUCCUUAAGUUAUACUUUUCCUCGUGUAGCGUCUAUUCAAUCAAAUACCUCAUUACUGUCCUUAUUACGAUCGCAACAUGAAUGCUUCAUUUCAAACAAGACAAUACCUUGGUUAUGUUCCUUAUAUACCUAUCAUGCGACAACCCCAUAUUAUGCCACUGAUUUUUGUCUUACAGGCAAGAUGACAACAUUUGUAUCCCCAGUGUUAUCUUUCGGUAGUAAUAUGAGUGGUUGCCUUGGGUUAGGAUAUCCCACGCAGACUCAAGAUGUUUCUUUUUGUUCAAAACGAGAAAAGUAUCAAAAGAAUGAGGAUAUUUGGUGGACAUUACAACCGACUCCUGUCAUUCAGUUAAAAAAAAGUGUCAUUCUUAGUGUGUCAAGUGGUGGUCACCAUUGUUUGGCUUUAACGCAUGAUGGGCGUUUAUGGUCUUGGGGUUGCAAUUUUUUUGGUGAAUUAGGUUGUUCACCAAAAGAAACUGCGUCUAAAGAGUCUUAUGAACGUUUAGAUCAUUGGAAUUGGUUUUGUAAUCCUUAUGACACAUGUGAAGAAGUGUAUUCAACAGCCUUCCUUAAAGAAAAAAAAAAAACAUUCAACAACACCACUCUCACAGAAACUGUGUUACCUUUUGUGAAUCCUUUGACUUUAAAAGGUCAAGAAAAAGGUUGUACAAACAUUCAUGAACAUUUACCUGACGUAGUGUUGGCAGAGCCAACCCCCUUAUUAUCUUUUCAACCUUGUAUCCAAUCCAUUACGUGUGGAUAUAACUAUUCUUCAGCCAUUACAUUCGAAGGAACAUUAUUUAUGUGGGGCUGUAAUUCAAUGGGGCAAUUAGGCCUAGGAGAUUGUCAUGAUCGUGAGAUACCGACCCAAGUCACCCAUUUUCUAGUUCCAGUUAUAAGCAUUUCAUGUGGCUACUCUCAUACUGCUGUCAUUACAAAAACCAAUAGUUUGUGGUGUUGGGGCUCCAAUACCUACGGUCAAGUAGGUUAUCCUUUCUGUUCCGAUCGCUCGAAUCUCGACACUGUCGCAACUAUUCCCAAUUAUUGCACAUUACCUGUGGAACUUUGUAUAUUACAAAUUUAUUCAGAGAAUGAAAUGCAUGGUAUAAAAAAAACUUGUUCUCAAGAAAUAACAAUGGAGCAUGAGUAUCAAAUAUGGCGUCAAGAUAAAACACAAUCAAAGUAUUGUAUCAUAAAUAACACUUUCAACUGUGUAUACCCCAAAACAAAUCAAGUUCAAUUUUUAAGUGUCACUUGUGGAAACACCCAUACAUUAGCUAUCGAUUUAGAAAACACUGUUUGGUCAUGGGGAUCAAAUUUCUUUGGAGAAUUAGGUCAACAAGAUUCUCACCAUUCUUCAAUUUUCAACAUCAUCGAAACAUCUCCUUUUUUACACAAUUUACGGCAGUAUGAAACUAACCAAAAUAUACGAGUUUCUCCUUGCUGUUUAUCCAAAAACAGUUUUUUCUCACAGAAGAGAAUUCAUCAUGUUUUCGCAGGAAGGUUUACUUCAAGUGCCAUUGAUGAAAACGCUACUGCAUGGUUUUGGGGAACCAAUUUAUUUAAUAAUCUGUCAAUUGAUCGAAACGACUUGUUACAAUCUUUUUCUCCAAUUCAAUCACCACUUUUCAAAAACAAGUCAAUUGAUACCAUUGUGUAUGAUUGGAAUGGAACACAUCAGGCUAUCAUCACAUCAACACACGACUACGCUUUAUGGGGAGAAGAAGAUGGUUUGCUAAUUCGAAAUCAUUCCUUAAAGAACAAAAAAAAAAUCGUUUGGUCGUUCCCUACGCAAACGAAUAAAAAUCCCAAAUCACUGGAAUCCUUAAAAAAAAUCUUUAUAUUAUUAUCACAAAAGAAAAAGGAGGACAAAAAUUGUUACCAUGAAAUACUUCCUGUCAUGUUACCUAAAAUCAAAUCAACAUUUUCUUUAACAAAGAUAGCGCUAGGUUUACAUCACGCCUUAUUUUGUUUACAUACUUCUUUACCAAAGGAGGAUCAUACAGAUUGAUAUAACACACACAACAUGUUUCAAAGAGAGAGACUCUACACGAUAAAAAACUCAAAGUCGUCACUUUUUCAUUUAAAAUACAAAUAAACCACACGUCACCAAAACAAUUCGGUUCGACUCAUAACAAACGAUCUUAUUAAAGAAGUCAUUGAUUCCACCCUAUGCGCUUUCAUUAUACAACGAUCCAAGUCAAAGUACUUCUCAUACUGGUGUUGUUUGGUUCAUCCAAUGAUUUAAGAAAUAGUUUAUAAAAAACAUUAACAAGUUUACGCAAACAGAAGUUUUUCUAUUAAUUUUUUUUAAUUUUGUCGCUUUAGUUUGAGAAAGAAAAAAAACAAUUCUGCAGCUCGGAUAUUUAGACUUAAGCCUUCAUUUAUUUGCGUACCUUCUUCGUUAAGCAUGCUAAAACAGAUGAUGAAAUUAUUUUAAUAAAGUGCAUCAACUCAUCCGUCUUGUUUUAUGGAAACAUCGCAUUUUGUAAGCAAUUCAAAAGCUUGCUCAAGUGAAAUGAAUUGUGAAUGCUUUAAGAAAAGAAAAGACAGAGUUAAAAAUGUUAGUCUUUUACCAUGGCAG